AGAAGUGUUAAAGCUCCCAGCAUUCACUAUGGAUGGCUUGAACCUCAAUAAGCACAUUGUCCUCUCAACAAGCCAUGGCUGCGCCCGUAGUUGUGAGGGAGAAAUUGUGAGCGUGUCAAGGCGCAGCCAGACCAGAGAGGCAGCAAGACGUCGGUGACCUGGAGAUCGAGGCAGUGGCGUGGGGGGUGCCCCGAGACACACACCCAGGACCUUAAGAACCACAUUUACCCCCACCAAACGAGCACGAAUCAUACAGGAGAGGGUGGCGGAUGUGAGGAGGAGGAGAGGCAGCAAGAUGCGAGGCAGUAGAAAAGGGUGGAGGAGGAGUCGGGGUUCCUGGCAGUGGCGACAGAGGGCGUUGCUGGAGUGUUUAUAUUCUUAUUGUUGAUGUUGAAGGUUCUCCCUGGCGGGUCUGGCUCCUCUCUCACUCCUCCCGCGGUAAGGGGACUAACAGGACAGUGAGAGCCAGAGUUCACUGUCUAUCAUUCAGCUGUUCAACAUCAUUAUAAUUAUGCAGAGGAACUACUGGCAGGGGAGAUAGUAGGAUAACUGCAUAACAUUAUCAGGAAGUAUGCAAGAGGAAUACAAUUAAGGUAUACUUGUAACAUUUUACAGAGACCAGUGGUGACCAUGGCUACAACACAUACAGUACGGACAGUAGGAAGCAUGCCUGCAAAAUUUGUGCCGAGGAAGAGAUUGCGGACAAGACCAUCAAGCAAUGGUUUCCACCGAGUGGCUCUAAUCCAUGGGGAGCCAGAGCAUAAGAUUGAUGAGUUCAUGAUCUAUAGUGAUGAAGAAGAGGAUGAAGAGGAGAAUGACGGAGAGGAAGAGGAGAAUUCCCGUGAUGGAGGAGGUUACAUUGCCUUGGGUGGCGUGCCCCACCACCCGUCACACACGCACCAUACUGUACGACGGAAACAGUCUUUCAUGCAGAAGUACCAGCCAUUAAGUCGCAACUUUGCAGACUAUGUCUUAACAAGAUCUCGGGGAUGCAGCAGACUCGAACACCAACACAUAAAUGAAGAAUUUGGAACAAGGCACAUGCUAACAACAGGCAUGUUUAGGGAGCGGCCAAUUUCCCUCAACCGAAUCAAUAAGGUGUUCUGCUCUCAGUGGUUGAGUGAUCAUCAGAUAGCAAUGGGGACUAAGUGUAAUAAACUGAUGGUUUAUGAUGUCAAUACAAGACAAAUGGAUAUAAUUCCUUCCUUGCGUAGUUCAGAAUUGCAUCGUCCGCCAGAACAGCAGUGUGGAAUUCAUUCAAUUGAAAUAAAUCCCUCUAGGACACUCUUAGCCACCGGUGCUUUAAAUUCUAAUGAUAUCGCAGUUUACAGAUUGCCAACGUUAGACCCAGUGUGUGUUGGUGAAAAAGCUCACCAUGAUUGGAUUUUUGACAUGUGUUGGCUAGAUGACCAGUUUCUUGUGUCAGGCUCAAGAGAUACCCGCUUGUCUUUAUGGAAAAUAGAUGAUGAUAUGGAAAUAGAAAGCUCCCGUAAUCUGCCUAGUUAUGGUCACAUUAAGCCAGUGAAAGUUAAGAAGUGUAAUGGUGCUGAGAAGGUGCGUGCUGUAAUUUUUAAUCCCAACUUUGUUGAGAUUGUUGCUUUAUCUCUAAAUGCGUACCUUCACGUGUGGGACGCUAAUCGUUUUGUUCAGAAAAUGUCUCGGAAGCUUCCACAUGCCAUGGAGAAUGUUUGCCUAACAAGAAAAGAAGAUAGCUCGCUCUAUGCAAUAGGUUCUAAAUCACAUACAACUCUGCUUGAUCCUAGAACUUUACAUUAUGUCAGAAAGGUUAAUGCACGAAUAACCGGGUGUGGAAUACGUUCUGUAAGCUUCCAUGGUGAUAUUCUAACCAUAGGAACUGGAGUGGGAGCCAUCAUGUUUUAUGAUAUGCGAGCUGGAAAGUACAUGGAAUCGACUAUGAAUAGUGGCCGAGCUGUUGUGCUAAAGAGUACAAAAGGAUGGGUAAGUGCAGAUGAUCAAUAUCUUGAUGUCUUUCACAAUGUGGAAUACACCCCGGCAAUAUACACCCAUUGUUAUGACUGGUCAGGUAUGCGACUCUUCACUGCUGGUGGGCCACUACCAGCUUCUCUAAAGGGCAAUUAUGCUGCCCUCUGGUGCUGAGACUUGACAACAUAUAAAUUCUAAUUUUCUAGAUAUUGUAGUGAAAUGUAUUUCUUUCAACAUUCAGCAGCCUUUUAUAGGUACAUUAAAUUCAAGAAGAUUUUUGAGGUCUUAAAAGAUAAAAUUUGGAUAGCUUGAUGCCAUUUAUUUAAAAUAUUUAUAGGAUUGUUGAUGAGAUGUAGGUAAAUAAAGGAAGGAUUUUUCUUACACAUGCUGUGUAUCAGUUAAAAUUUUGCCAGGAGAUACGUGGCCAGACCUUUACUGAAUUGUCACUAAAAGUGUAAGCUCCUGAAUGAAGAUAGUCAGAUGCCAUCUUUCAAAUGCCAGAAGAAUCUUGCACUUAACUGAUGUUGACCAAACCAUUCCAGAUACUGUAUUUAACUCAUUCCAUCUUAAUCUGUUGUCAGCGGGUUCGUGUGUAGUAGUCAUCCCUCAUUCAUGUCCAGGCUAAUGCACUUCUUAUACUCUAACAAAAGUUUAGGUGGAAUCUGAAACUAUAGCAUUUGAAAUGUGGCCUUUUUUUUUUUUUUUUUUUUUUUUUUUUUGUAAGCUUUACUCUGGUAAAGCAUAUCUGUAUAAUUUUAAUAUAUUUUAUGUACAUACUGUGUUAGCUCAUUUGUUGUACUUGUAAUAAAGUAACAAAUAAUAGGUUGAUCAUUUUAACUACAAUACAUCCUUUUUGGGAAUAUAAUAAUUAGCCCAUCAUCUCAGUUUUUCUGUUUCAUUUUAAGCCAAGAAAUUGUUUAAUUUAAUACUGUAAAUAAACUUUUAAGAUUCUGUUUAGUUAGGUGUGGGCAUUGUAGUGAAAUCUUGCUGAAAAGUUGUUAUAUAUUAAAUGCUGUAUAUAAAAGGCUAAGUGCUUGCCCAUUCUUAGACUAAUACAAUAUACCUUGAUUACUAUUGCUGCAUUAUGCUAGCAUGCAUUAUCUUGGUAAAAUACAAUCCAAUAAUUCUGUGAGAAUGUUAAAGUAAAAACAAUAUUUUGGUACUAAAAUAUUAAAUUGUAAGUUUCCCCAAUUUGAAGAUUAUUCUUGUACUGAUGUAAUGAAACCUUUGCCAGUUACAAUUUUUUUUUUUUAUAUAAACUAAAAUUACCUUUGUUGAUGCAUCACAGGAAUUGUUUAUUGGGUUUUCAAAAAUACCUCAUUAUUUAAUAAAUAAGCCAAGCCUGUACCAGCUGUUGGAUUAUUUUUAAUAUAUUUUAAAUUACAAAUCCUUGGUUCAAGGAUAUCAAAUUUUCAAAUAAAUGUCACAAUAUGAAAUGUGAUUAGUAAGAAAGUGCUUAGAGUUGGUUGAAAAAGUUUAAAUACAGGCGCACCUCGAAAAUAAAGAUUUUAUCAUUCUGGAUUUGCAGAAAAUCCGGAAAUUUGCUCAUUUCUUUUACCAUUUACCACCAAAUUUUCUGUUUUUUUUCCCUUACAGCAUGUGAUACAAUGUAUGUUUAUGUAUAGACAAAUAAUAUACAAUGAUUUUGGUGGGAUGGUACUCCUGGCCUCGUGGCUUCUUUUGAUUAUUACUUUGGUGGGGUAUAAACAUUACUUGUAAUGUAUAAAUUUUAAAAAAUAUUUGAUUACCUUUUUGGAGCAUAGGCUAGUCUUCUUAACCCAGUACAUGUAAUAGCAGGAUAUAGUACUACUGUACAGUAUAUGGUAUGUACAAUGCAAUACAAAGCCUUCCACAUUGUACUGUAACUGCCCAUGAUGAUGCAUAAUUCACACACAGUAUCAUCCAGCUGGUUUGUUAGUAUUUCUUUAACUGCAAUGUUUUUUCUGUUACUUCCACCACUGUUUUUCUUCUUACUGACAAACUUCAUUUCCUUCCUCUGCAUUUCAAUAUCCAAAACAACAAUACAAUAGUGCCAUACUCCUCUGCCGAUUGUUUGCCUGCCACACCAUGAUCCGAUUUCUCAAAUAGCUCUGCCUGUUUAUUCAUGGUAAGGAAAUUUGCCUUGCUCUUACCUGGUCCACUUACCAAAAUACCACUCUUGCCAUAUGACAGCUUCUAAUCACAUAAUUAUAUAUUGAACAAAAAAAUCCAGAUUUUAGUAAAAUCCACUUUAUUAAAGGUAGGAUUUUCGGGGUGCUUCUGUAUAAUAGUACUGUAUUAAAUAGGCCGUGGAAUGAAGUGCAAAUGUGAGUAAUAGCAGCAGGUGAUUCAUUAGACCAUUAAGGUAAGUAUAUGCAGAAUAACCUACCUAAAUGUCUGAAAAUAAGAAGUGAUCAGUAAUUUCUUGAAGUCAAUGAUCCUAUACAGUAUAUAAAAUAUGCAGUUAAAGGAUAUAUUUAUCACUGUGAAAAUAGUAGUCAACAAAGUGAAAGAAAUAAACUAUUUUAAUUAGUUACAUGAUCUUUUCUUUUAUAAUUUCUAUAACCACCUUUCAAUAUUUAGUACUAUUUACCAUUUAUAUGUCCAGGCUGAGGCCUCAACAACAUAUGAAAGUGGGGAAUGGGAUAACAAUAAUUGAAUCAGAAAUAUUAAGUACAGUAUAAGAUUGAUCAUCAGCUGGCAAUGUUAAACAUGACUAACUGACAUGGGUCUGAUGCAUUCUAGUCAGACUAGAGAUCAAAGCUGCCAUGGAAAAGUAACAGUGUAGUUUGUUCAAAUAUUGUGCUGGAAUAAAAAUUAAAUUUAAUUCUUUCUACCUAACACUAUGUAGUGUUAUGUAGCAGAUGCUGAGAAAGUAUGACUGAAUAUUUCAUGAAGAUAAGAUAUACAACUUUCAAGGCUUUUUCUGAGGAACUUGCAGUUAGUGGCAGGAGUGUGGGUGAGCGAGCUUUGUGACAGUGAUUCAAGAUUUUCCUCUUAACUAAAUCAGGUUUGAUUAAUGUAUGUGAUGGUUUGAAUUAAAGUACAAUAUGUAAAAAUUUUCUAUGGCAAGCGCUGUUUGUAUUACAUUCAUAAAUAGUAUUCUACUUUGGGCUACAAAAUCAUUAUAUUGCAUGGCUCCUGAUCAAAAUGUAACACACAACCAUAUUAUUUAAACAGCACAAUAAAAUUGAUAGAUAACA